UUAAUUUGGAAAAAUGACGAUUUUUAUUGUGUUUAACAGCAAAAGCAUAAUCUAUAUAUGGUGUUUCAUGGGGAAAUGAAUAAUACGGAGUGUUGCUGGCCUUUUACUACACCCAUUCUAUAGGCCACUAUGCAAAUCACUGUAUAUGUACGAGGUUUGAAUCACAUACAACCCGCCUUUCCUUCGAGCGGGGCUAGCGCUGACCCCGCCUCAAUUGGGUAAUUACUAUGUAAUUAGCUACAAACUAAUGUAAUUGCAGUAAAGCAUUCUAAAUUGUCAUCCAAACAUUUUGCACACCCUGUCAUUAUAGCUGAUAACAGAUGUUCUGUGGCUAAAAUGUAUACUACUGACUGUCAUCAAAGUUAUGUCACAAAAGCUCACUGCUAUUUUAAAAUUAAACCUUUAUUUAACUAGGCAAGUCAGUUAAGAUCAAAUUCUUAUUUACAAUGAUUGCCUACCGGGGAGCAGUGGGAUUAACUGCGUUGUUCAGGGGCAGAACGACAUAUCUUUACCGUGUCAGCUCAGGGACUCGAGCCAGCAACCUUUCGGUUCCUGGCCCAAUGCUCUAACCACUAGGCGACUUGCCGUCCGGUUGGUAUGAUUAGUUUCCCCCCAAAGUUUUUCUCACAACUGUUCUGGGUGCAUGCAUUAACUUGAAUGCAAUAACAUUUAUACAAUAGAAUGAAGCAUUCCAAAUAUUCCCUGGUCUGGUAUUGAUUGACGAAGUACGUAUAACUUGAAGGGCCCUUCAUCUCAUCACAGAGAUCUCCUCUUCAGACGUCUGAUGACGUGUCUGCCAGAAUAUUACGCUGGGGAAGCAGUGGAGUGGAGCGCACUGAAUCACAUCACCAGAUGUAUGCAGAAUUAGAAGCAAGAUUUGCAGAUGAGACCAAAAUGCAUAUUCCAUUGCACCGCACGCGUUCCACAAGGUUUCUCUCGGACCAGUAGUUGUUUUUAUGAAUUCAUGAAGAUUUGACAGAGAUGCUUUUCGUGGAGGCGUUGAAUGACUCACUUUGAGGAAGUUGCUGAUGUAGAGGAAAAAAGGUCGACAUGACAAAACAUCGAUAACUGCGACUGAAUCAACAAAAAUUGAGAGGAGAACAUCCUUUGUUUUGGGGAGAGACCGAAGGAGGGAGGACCAACACCGUUAGCUGAUACCGAUGCAUGAAUGUUGUUUUGUCAGGAUAUCUAAAAUAUGAAUUCAACGUUGUAAAUCCCUGGUUUGUUUUGAACUAGCUAAAUAACUACAAUAGUUUCACUGUAUGUGACUAAUUAGGACAUUAUUAGCCAGUCAGUUAGCUAAUUAAGAAAGUAAUAGCAAGCCCAUUGCAAUUUGUUAUUGGUUAGCCAGCUAGCUAACUAACUAGCUAGGUCGUUUAUUAUGGGACAGUAGCCCAUUGUUAGUACAGUAGGUAUUGACUGCUGAAGAGUGUCAGUCAAUAAAACUGUCUGUCCACUGUCCAGUUAUUCUCUAGUAAUGGCCUUGUAGCUAAUGACCUUAUCUUCAAAUGGCACUGAUAAGGAUGUAGUAAGCCAUCUAAUCCAUGGUGCAAUAGUCACCAAUAAAAACAGCCAGGAUUGUGCCAAAUAAGUAUAUCACACUUUACUGAAUCUAACUUGAAAGUUGAAAGUGGUUGGCACUUCACCAGAAGGGUCAUUACAUGGUUUUGGAACAGCAUUCUGCAAAUCAUUAUAUAGAAAACCUCAGAGGAACGUCACAUAACACUUUAUUGACAACAGCCAAGUCCACCGCUUCGCUAUGCGUCUCUCCUCCUUCCUGGCCGUGUUCAGGCCUGCUCUUCCCCUUAUCCUGGGGCUCUCUUUAGGAUGCAGCCUGAGCCUGCUGAUGGUCUCCUGGACCCAGGGAGACACAGAUGACUCGUGUGGAGAUGAACUGGGUAAUGGGGGUCUCUUCCUGGGCAGCAAUAGGGGAGACCCCCCAGAGGACCAGAGAGGUGGUCCUGGGAAUGAGGACUUCCAGCCCCGCAUCGUACCAUAUCACAAGGACCCCAACAAACCACACAAGAAGGUCCUCAGGACGCGCUACAUCCACACUGAACUGGGAAUCCGAGAACGCCUCCUGGUGGGUGUGCUGACCUCGCGGGCCACUCUUAACACGCUGGCCGUGGCGGUGAACCGCACCGUGGCCCACCAUUUCCAUCGCACCUUCUUCUUCACGGGCCUGCGCAGCCCCAAGGUCCCCCACGGCAUGGCGGUGGUGGCCCACGGCGACGACCGGCCUGUGUGGCUGAUGUACGAGACGGUGCGCCACUUGCACCAGCACUACGGCUUGGACUACGACUGGUUCUUCCUGGCCCAGGACGACACCUACAUGCAGGCCGAGAGGCUAGCCGAGCUGGUGGGCCACCUCAGCGCCGGUCAGGACCUCUACAUGGGCCGGGCUGAGGAGUUCAUCGGUGGGGAGGAGAGGGCCAGGUACUGCCACGGGGGUUACGGCUACCUGCUCUCCCGGAGCUUGCUGGCUCGCCUGCAGCCCCACCUGGACACCUGCCGAAAUGACAUCCUCAGCGUGAGGCCUGACGAGUGGUUGGGCCGCUGCAUCAUCGACUACCUGGGUCUGAGCUGUGUAGAGGUGCACCAGGAGAUGACGUAUCGCUACUUUGAGCUGGGGAAGAAUGCAGACCCAGAGCGAGAGGACAGAGCCCAGUUUAAGAAUGCCUUCACGGUCCACCCUGUGUCAGAACCCAGCCUCAUGUACCGCCUGCACAAACGCUUCAGCCAGAUCGAACUGGACUGGACCUACCUACAGAUACAGCAGCUGCAGGUCCAGAUCAACAACCUGAGUGAGCUGACACCAGAGGGGAAGGCGGGGGCCACCUGGCCCAUCGGGGUCAACCCCCCUUUCAGGCCCAAAACGCGAUUCGAGGUCAUAAACUGGGAGUACUUCACAGAGGAACACAUUUACUCGUGCCCUGACAGCUCCCCCAAGUGUGAGCUGCGUGGCGCAGACCGGGCCGACGUGAGCGCCGUGCUGGAGACGGCCGUGGAGCGCCUCAACGAGCGCUAUCAGCCCCAGCUGCGCUUCAGGAAACGGCAUCUGCUCAACGGCUACCGGCGCUUCGACCCCACUCGAGGCAUGGAGUACGUGCUGGACCUGGCCCUGGAGGCUUUCACCCAGAAGGGGCACAACCAGGUCAUCGCCAAGCGGGUCAGCCUGCUCCGCCCUCUCAGCACCAUCGAGAUCAUCCCCAUGCCCUACGUGACGGAGGCCACCCGGGUGCAGGUUAUCCUGCCAGUCACGGCCAACGAGCAGGACUAUGUGAGCAACUUCCUGGACAUGUACGUGAUGAACACUCUGGACACGCAUGACAACGUCCUGCUCACCUUCCUGUUUGUCUACGACCCCUUCGACGCCCAACGGAUCAGUCAGGCUGACGUGUUUGCCGGCAUCAAGGCCAUGAUUGGCGAGGUGGAGAAGCGCUACGGUGACGUGAAGAUCCCCUGGAUCAGCGUGAAGACGGAGGUGCCGUCGCAAGUCAAGCUGAUGGACAUCAUCUCCAAGAAGCACCCGGUGGAUACGCUCUUCUUCCUGGCCUCGGUGUGGACCGAGGUCAACGCUGACUUCCUCAAUCGCUGCCGCAUGAACGCCAUCAGCAACUGGCAGGUGUUCUUCCCCAUCCACUUCCAGGAAUUCAGCCCGGCUAUCGUGUACCGCGACCAGCAGCCCUCAGCUGCCUCCUCCUUCACCGCUGAGGCGCUGCGCGACGGACGCUUCGACCGCCACGUCUUCGAAGAGGCCUGCUUCUACAACGCCGACUACAUGGCGGCGCGCACCAAGAUGGCCGCCGACAUCCUAGACAACGAUGAGCUGCUGGAGAGCAUGGACGUGUACGAGAUCUUUGUGCGCUACUCGGGCUUGCACGUGUUCCGGGCGGUGGAGCCAGCGCUAGUGCAGAAGUAUGUGCGGCGGGCGUGCAACCCGCGCUUCAGUGAGGACAUCUACCACCGCUGUGUGCUCAGUAACCUGGAGGGCCUGGCCUCACGAUCCCACCUGGCCAUGGCCCUGUUUGAGCAGGAACAGGCCAACAGCACCUAGGUGGUCUAGUGGGGCUCUUCCACUGCAGCACUGGUGUCACGCUAGACUUUUCUGGACCAGGCCUCAGAAGACAACAUCUAUGGGCCUAACACUGGUGCAGUGCCUGACAGUGGAAAUGCACCAUACUGUAGGUCUACCAUCUAAUGACAUUAUGAACCUCAACCACACUGCCUCGACUUUUAGACAAGGCAUGUUAUGGGAUGCUUAAUCUUCAGACGGAUCCCUAAGGACCAAGGAAUAAGGACCCAUGUGCAAUCUUAGGCCUGCGAAGACUGAUGAGCAAUGUUACAACGUGUAUUCCUGCAAACUGUGUGUGCAGGCGAACAGAACUCUGUGCUUUCACACCAAUGGUAGUCCAAGGAGAGGCUCUAUUGGGAGGUGAUGAAUGAACAAUGAACAGCAUUGAUAUCUAUUUAGGGCUGGGCAGUAUACUGUAUUUUACUAUGUACUUUUAUUGAUGCACGGACCAGUUUGUGUUUAUACUUUAUCUUCUAUAACGGUAUUUGUGAUACGUCACUCUGGCUUGUGUCAUGUCAGUUUUUAUAGUUUACUCCGUUUGCUACUUGAGUUGUCUCUCUUCUCCUGCAUGCCACUUCCCCAUGUGCUUCCCUGCCAAUCCCUGUCACUGUUGGCUGUCAAUGCUGUGCCGUUCACUUUGUCUGCAUGGUCAGAUGUUACCAGAUGUUAGUGAUUUCCACUUUGCUUAAUAUAAAUCCACAAAAGUUCUAUAAUUACAUUAUUUUUUGUAUAUUACAGCCUGCAAACUAGUCAUUUGUCUUUUGAGAGACGCUAAAUAGUGUUUGGGCUAAUUGCUAGUUAGCUUACUAGUAAGCUAGAUAAAUGUACUCAGAGAAAACGUAGCUAGCUAAUAAAACCUGAUACCAGUACUGGUAUAGGCCUAGUUCAGCAUGUUGUUUAUGCAAAAGUAUCUUCUAAAUCAGAGAUGGAGAAGCAUGAAUAUGUUAGCUAGUGCUAGCUAACUACAUGAAGUAAGAGAAAACAUGUAAUGUAACAUUAGGGUCCACUGGGAAACACUGAUCAACACUUUGGUUCCUACCAUGUCACAAUAAUUCCUCCCUGGCUUUUUCAUUCAUUGUCAUGUCAAACAACAAUGUAUUCAAAGUACUGUCCACCAUAUUCCAACUAUAGAAUUAGAAUAAUCAUUCUAUUUCCAUGAUUCCAACAGUUCACCAAUUAAUUAGGACUAUAUUUUUUUGCCCAUAUCAUGCAGCCCCAUGUGGCAGUGUGUAAAUGAUAACAAACGAGUGCAGGAAAUGCAGAAAUAUCGUGAUAAGAUAUUUUGGCCAUUUUGCCCAGCCCUAUGUCUGUUGUUUCCAAUGUUUUGUUUUGCCUUGAGAAAGUCACUAUGAGCUAUAUGUCUUCCUUCAUGACUGUACUGAUUUAUGAUGCGAAUACUGGAAUUAAAGAUAAUUAAGUGUCUUAUGUGUCUUUCAAUUUACACUUAGUUUGCUCAGUAUGUCAAACCUGUAGAGUGUAGUUUGUUUCAUUCCCUCGAAAAUGUGGUCUGUUUUUUAUUUUUCUACGGUUAUUAAAGGCAGAUGUCGCAUUCUGA